UUUGAGUUGUGUGGUUCUCAGCUCGGCAUUCUAGGAGAUUUCAAUAGGGCCUGUUGAGAUGCGGACGUUAGAGACCUGCGCUCGAUUCGCAACUCCAGCGCGAGUCUCGGCGCGAGUUUCGGCAUCGCCACAGCCAACUCCGAUGCCUGCUCUUCUUUCCUCUCAUGUGUCAUCGUCGCUCUUCUUCACGACGCGUCGCACCCAGCUCUCCGUUUCCGCCUGCCACGUGCCACGUGGAUCCGCCUCGGUGCAGCCGCUGCACAGGAAAAACAAUCUCUCGAGAUUCCGGAAUUGUCGGAAUCCCUUAGUCUCAGUUAGUCUCGGUCUUGUUCGCGUAACCGUCAAAAUUAACGGUGUCUACGCUGCCUCGUCCGCCGCCGCUGGUGGUGACGCAGACGGGGGGGCGGAGACAGCGGGGGAUGCGGCGAGCUGCGGGGAUGACACGGCUGGCAAGAAGCGCACGGAUACGGGGGAUGCGCGGGGACAUGCGGAGGGUGAUGGCGGGGAAGGGGCGGCGGAAGGCGGAGAGGUCAUGGCGAGGGCCUCGGCGGAGAUGAGGGUGGGGAGAGAAGGAGCGGAGGUGGCGGGGGAUGAGGGGGAGGACGAGGCGGGUGGUCUUUUCAGUGGUGGCAUUGGUUUACAUCUGCCAUGGGAUUCAUCGUCAUCUAACACAAGUGAAGCAUCCCCGCCAUCACCAUCCCCGCCAUCACCUUUCCAGUUCCCCUCGCCCUUCCCUCCUGAGCCCUCCUCUCAGUUCCUUGAUCAGCUUCCCCCACAAGACAGGGCGCUUCUCUUCCCCUCUCCCCCCUCCUCCUCCUCCUCCUCCACUUCCUCCUCCUCCCUCCCCUCCGCCUUUUUCUCCUCGCCUUUCGCCUCGUACGGCCAAUCCUACUACCAGGAUGACGAUCCCGCCGAGCCUCUGCCGGACCUGGCGGCGAGGCUCGGGCUGGACCACCCAAUCCAGGAGCGGGAGAGUGCUGUGGUAAGCAUCUCUGAGCGGAUAGAGAGGAGGCCGGAGGAGGCGUCUGAGCUGGUCUCACUCCUACAGGCCGGACGAGUUGCGUCCCCUGCCCGUCUCCCUCUCCCUCUGCCUCUGGUUGCCCUGCUGGGCAAUCUCCUGCACACUAGCGCUGCUGCAUGGCACAGCAGCAUGGAAGACAGGGGGUCAGUGCCUGCCGCAGCAGCUGCUGCGGCUGCUGAUGCUGCUACUGCUUCUGCCGUUUGGUGGCUGGAAGGGGUGGAAGACAGGCAGCAGGAGGCGGGAACGAGGGAGCGGAGGGAUCCAAGGGAUUCAGAACCAGCUAGGAGCGAGAAGGAGGAGGACGACAACGAGGCGACAGACGUAGCCAUCACCGAUGCUCAAGUCAGGGAGCUAGAGGCGCUCCUGCAGACAGGAGUCACACCGCAAGCACAGCCGCAACGGCAGCCGGAUUCGCGGACAGAGUCACUACGCCUGCCCAGAGAGAGUGUGAUGGAAGCAGCUGCAGCAGUACUGUCAGCCCUAGCAGCAGCGUCCCCAGAGGGGCUGCAAGCCGUGGUGCAAGGAGGGGGGGUGGAGGAAGUAGCAGCGGUGCUGUCCCUCCCAGGUCUCCCCCAAUCCGUCCGCUCCCAAGCCCUCCCUCUCGUCGCCGCUGCUGCCUCCCUCCCUUCCCUCCGCCCGAAACUCCCGUCCCUGCACCUCCUCCCACCGCUCCUAACCACUCUCUACGACCCAGAGGCGUCUGACCCAGAGCUCGAGGACUCCCUCUCUGCCCUCUGCCACAUGGUUAAAGACCGAUCCUGCUGGCCCGCGCUCAUAGACGCUCAAGCGGUGCCACGAGUGGCAGCUUUCCUGGCAGCAAUAGACGCUGGAAACGGCACGGCUCCCCGGCACUCCCUGCGUUUGCUCCGCUCCUCCCUCCUCUCCCUCGCCCCGGACACCUUCUUUCGCUCCUGCCUCCUGGAAAGUGACCUGUGUCUGGUGCCCUUGGUGGGCGCUGAUGCGUACCGGUCGCUGGCUAGUGAGGGGGAAACGGUGAGGGUGACACGAGUGCCGCCGUCGCUGCCGCCCCGGCUGGCUGCUGCUGCAAGAGAGGUGCUGAGAGCGCCGGUUGAGGGGACGUUUGGUGCUGGAAAGCUGCUGCUGGGGCUGGCGCUUGGGGGGAACGGGGGAGGGGGAGAGGGAGAGGGAGGGGGAGGAGAAGGGAAGGGAGGGGGGGAGUUGGAGGGACGGACGAGGCAGCAGUUCCUGGCUCGGAUUGGGCUUCUGGAGAAGAAGAGGAAGGAGGAGGAGAGGAAGGAGGAAGAGAAGGAGAAGGAGAAGAAUACGAGUAAGCGUUUUGAGCGGAAGCGGGGAGGGAAGUGGAGUGGGGGAACAGCUGUGGGGGGAGGGCAGGAUGAAGGUGGUAAAGGAGAGAAAGAGGCACCUUUGGAUCUGAUGUCACAACAAGUAGCAUCGGACAAGCCUUCCUCGGAGCACGAGCAAGUUCAAGAGCAAGAGCAAGAGCAAGAGCAAAAGCAAGAGCAAGAGGCGCCCUGGUCCAGCAAGAGCUUUACUCUCAUGUCUCGCUGGGACGGCGUGCCGCGUCUCGUGCUCCUCAUGGGCUUAGAGAACGAGCGCGUGGCGGCACGGGCGCUGGAGGCAGCGGCAGAGCUGGCGAGAGUGGGGGAGGGGAAUAGGAGGGCGCUGAGGGACGCGGGUGCGGUAGUGCAUGCGGUGCGGUGGCUGGGGGGGAGCGAUGCCGCGGUGAGGGCUGCUGCUGUGGCUGCUGUGGAGAGACUCAGCGUCAGUGCAACGGUGCGCCUGUCUAUCAUCCGCAGCGGGGGGGUGGGAGCAUUGGUGGCGCUGCUGGCGGCACAGGGGGAGGAGAGGGCCGUGCGGGACAAGGUUGUGUCUGCUCUCCUUCGCAUGGUGUCAGAUGAAGAAGCAGCCGCCAAGAUGGCGUCAGCAGUACCGUCCUUCAUCGCUAUGCUUAGGGAGGGAGACACACAGCCUUCAAGAGAGGGGGCAGGGGAAGGAGAGGAAGCAGCAGCGGCAGCAGCGGUGGCAGCAGCGGCAGCAGAGCAGGAGGUGAAGGGAGGGAGAGGAGCACCGCCACGGGCAGCACUGCUACCAAAUAACCUGACAGCAGCAGCAACAAGUGACCAGGCGGCAAGGGCGGACGGGCAGGCAGCAGCCGAGACUCUCUUGCUCCAAAUAUCGUCUCUCGUGGGCACGCCGUGUGAGAGCAUAGUGGCUGCGGGAGGCGUGCCUCCCCUCGUUGCACUCCUUGCGACGGGCUCACUCAGGGAUCGGGCUACUGCCGCGCAGAUUCUUGGCAAUGUGAUCGCAGCACGACCAGAACGGGGGUGGUCGGAGGAUGGUGCUGAUGGUGAUAGUGAUGGUGGUGACGCUGGUGGGGGUGGUGAUGCACAUGUGGUGGCGCUGAUGGCGGCUGGGGUGGUGGCUGCGCUGGAGAGUGUGUUUCUGCUGGCCGAGCCCAAAGAUCCAGACCCCAUCCGCGCUCUAUCCUCCGUGUCCGCCUCCUCCCCUCUCUCCCUCGAAGCCGAGUCCGACCUAUGGGCAGCCCAAGAAUCCGCCGCGCUCCUCGCCCGCCGCCUUGCAUCCACCGCAGGGGGGUCCGCCCGCGCUGUCCUCGCGGACUCCCGCCUGGUGGGCUGCCUCAAGGGCAUGUUAAAGUCGUCCGCGCCUCUGGCAGUCAAGGACAAGGUGUCGGAGGCUCUCAUUGUGAUCACUGAUGCGGCCGCAGACGCUGAGGUGGUGGUUACCACAUUCGAUUUGAUUCCGCACUUGGUGGAGGAUCUAGGGUUUGCAGAGGACGGAGGAGAGGGAGGGGGGGGAGGGGAGGGCGGAGGGGAGGAAGAGGAGGGGGAGGUGGGGGAGGAGGUGUGGAGUGAGAUGGCUAUUCACCCCACACUCCCUCUGCCUCGAUCUCUCUCUCCGCCCCCGCUCCUUCGAUCCAGCGCAUCCCUCCCGUGGGCGGAGAGAAGGGAGAGAGCAGCAGUGCGGCUGCUGGACCUAGCUCUCACGGGUAACCCGGGCUACCUCCAGGCAAUGGCCCGAGCCGGCGCGGUCUUCCCAUUGGUCGAUAUCCUGCAGAAAAAACCCUACAGCAGCAGGGGGAGGAGCAGCAGCAGCAGGGGUGGGGGGGCAAGCAGGAUGGGGAGGCCGUCUGUGAUGUGCCAGAGAGCGGCGCUGAGUGUGCUGUAUGCGCUUGGGAACGACGAGGACAACCAUGCGGUGAUGGUGGGUGCAGGGAUAGAGCCGGUGCUAGAAGACAUUGUGAAGAGAGGGGAGGAAGGGGGGAGGUUUGGACAGGGGCGGUGGAGGCUGGCUCUUUACCUGUUGCAGGGUCUCAGGGUGUGAUGCCCACAUUGAGAAAAUCUACCGUAGGUGGUGUGGUGAGUGAGCAAGGUGAAUGAUACGAUUGGGAGUUUCGGAGUAAAGGUGCAGGGACAGAGUAUGCUAGGUUUAGAUGAUUUAGGAUUCGUUUCCUUGUGGAGUAGGGUAAAGCA